AUGUAUCAGGAUAAUAAGCACAUUAUUCUUAUAGUCAUACUUGGUUUACUUAUUCACAAAUAUUGUUGUAUAGAACAAACAUAUCAACAUAAAGAGGCUAAACAAGCGCGUUUUCAUGUUGCCGAAUUUAAUUUUGAUCAUGUAGCUGAUGUCUACUCUAUUACAUUAUGGAUUUUACUUGGUUCAUUAGCUAAAGUUGGUUUUCAUUUAUCACAUCGUUUAACUGAGAAGUUUCCUGAAAGUUGUCUUCUAAUUAUUCUUGGUCUUAUUGUUGGCGGCCUACUUUAUGGCACUCAUUUAGCAGAACAAAAAGCUUAUGUACUCGAUAGUAAUACAUUCUUUUUGUUUCUUCUACCACCCAUUAUUUUUGAAGCUGGCUAUUUUAUGCCUAACCGUCCAUUUUUUGACAAUCUUGGUACAAUAUUAUUAUUAGCUAUAGUCAAUACUUUAUUUAAUACAAUAUGUAUUGGUCUUACAUUGUGGGGUUUUCAAUUUACACCAAUCUACGGUGGUACUAAAUUUGAAAUGCUACCUUGUCUUGUUUUUGCGGCACUCAUAUCAGCUGUUGAUCCUGUAGCUGUACUAGCAACAUUUACUGAAAUACACGUUAAUGAUAUGUUGUAUAUUGUUGUCUUUGGUGAAUCGUUACUCAAUGAUGCUGUUUCAGUUGUUCUAUAUCGUAUGUUUGAUUCAUUUGCUAAAAUCGGCCAAGACAAUUUAAUUGUAAUGGAUAUUGUUUUGGGUUUUCUAUCGUUUUUUGUCGUUGCUCUUGGUGGUGUUCUACUUGGAAUUGUAUUUGGAGUGAUUGGAUGUUUUACAACGAAAUUCACUGAACACACACCUGUAUUGGAGCCAUUGAUUAUUCUUGUCUAUGCAUAUUUAUCUUAUCUUACAUCAGAAAUGCUUUCAGUAUCUGGUAUUUUAGCUUUAACUUUUUGCGGUAUGGUAAUGAAACAAUAUAUACCAUUUAAUAUUUCAAAGAAAUCCGAUGCAACCACAGAAUAUGUUAUUAAAAUGUUAUCUUCUAUCAUGGAAACUAUUAUAUUUAUGUUUAUGGGUUUAUCAACAGUUAGUGAUAAUCAUUCGUGGAAUACGGGCUUUGUUCUAAUGACAUUAUUUCUCUGUCUUCUCUAUCGAGUUAUUGGCGUUAUAAUCUUUGCUAAUAUAGCUAAUUGUUGGCGUUUACUUGAAUUAACACGUAUUGAUAUGUUGAUUAUGUCAUAUGGUGGCUUACGUGGCGCUAUUGCAUUUGCGCUUGCACUUGUUCUGGAUGAAACAAAGAUUGAACGAAAAAAAGAAUUUGUUACAGCAACAAUAGCCGUAGUGUUUUUUACUGUUUUUCUACAAGGUAUUACUAUUGGUCCACUUGUGAAACUUCUUAAUGUAAGACGAAAACAAGUCGAAGAACCAACGAUGUCAGCUAAAUUAACAAGUCGUAUGAUGGAUCAUGUUAUGACUUGUUUAGAGGAAAUUUCUGGCAGCGGUGGAAAUAAUUCACUACGUGAUAAAUGUCGAAAUCUUGACCGAAAUUAUUUUAAACGCUUUUUAUUACGUGAAAAGCCAGAACAAACAGUGGAUAUUAAAUUACUAAAAGAAUUUAAAAGUAUUAAUGUACGGUCAGCUAUGCGAGUUCACGAUACAUCGAAAGGUCUUAUACCAAAUUCAUCUUCAACAGCUAUGCAGCAGUUACCAUCGGAAAACGCUUUUAGGCCAGAACGAAGAGCCAGACAUUUUUCAGACAUUGCCACUCCAAAUUCACCUCAACGAACAGUGCCCGAUUUAAUGUUAUUCGAAAGCCAGGGAACUGACCAUCAACGUGACGAUGCAAAAAUGCAUCGUUUUCUUGAUUCAAAUCUUCCUCAUGCAAGACGAAGAGCAACUAUGCAUCUUCGAAAUCAAGACGAACUAGCUGGUGUAGAGGAUGAACUCAAUAGUCGUUUCGAAAAAUUAUCUCAUCAUCGGGAUCUUCGAUAUGUACCCAUACGGCUUACCCGAGAACAAAUGCAUGCAAUUAGCACAAUUAGUAAACCGUCUGCUAAUUCUAAUCAAUCACCAACGUUAACAGCUACGCCAUCAAUUCAUGAUUAUUCAGAAACAGAAUUAACACCUAAUCAAAAUUCGAGAACAAAAUCAAAUGAUUCUGAUAUUGUGUUAACUCCUAAUAAUUUGCGUGAUAAAUCAUCAACCGCUGCUGAACGUGUCCGUCCAUGGCGUCGUUCAGCAAGUAGUGAUGAUAUUGAACUAACAUCUCAAGCAUUGCCUAAAUCAACGUCAAAGAAUCGAAAUGAUCCUAAUCUUCAUCCAAGAGAUUUAACAACAGCAGAUGUUAGUAAUUCCUAUAGAAAAUCAAGUGAACAUAUGAGUGAAGAUGCAGCAGCAACAAACCCCAAGGAAAAUUCUUCUCGACUAAAAGCCUCCGACUUAUUAGAUAAACAAUCUAAAAACUCGUCGAACCAGCCAAAGAAUCAGGCAAAUACUGUUGCUGGUCUUAGUGCUACUCGCUUGUGA